AUGUGCAUCUCGUUCUGCAUCCACUGGCGGGUCUGGUUGCGGCCCCUGUUGAUCGUCCUGUAUGCGCUGUUCGUCAUCAUCGUGGUUCCGCUACUCAUUGCCGACUCAGUGAAGGAUGGGUUUACGCGCAAAGGACAGCUUAUCCUAAUCGGUGGCCUCUUUGUCCUGUGCGCCAUCCCAAUAUCAAUAUCCCAAAUCGCCCAGCAUACUAUCCACUACACGCAGCCCCAGCUUCAGAGACAUAUUAUCAGGAUCCUCUGGAUGGUGCCUAUCUACGCGUUGAAUGCGCUACUAUGUUUAAUUUAUCCUAACAAAUCGAUAUACAUGGACAGUAUACGCGAGUGCUACGAGGCUUACGUAAUAUACAACUUCAUGAAAUAUCUCCUAAACUAUCUCAAUCUCGAGAUGGAUCUGGAAAGGGCCCUGGAGUUUAACGCACAAACGCACCACUUCAUUCCUUGCUGCUGUCUUUCGACUUGGCGGAUGGGCCGUGAGUUUGUGCACAAUUGCAAGCACGGCAUUCUGCAAUACACCGUCGUACGACCGUUGACCACCAUCGUCGCAUGCAUUUGCCAGCUCAACCAUGUGUACGGAGAGGGCCAGUUCCAGCCAUCCGUGGCCUUCCCAUACCUGGUGUUCAUCAACAAUUGCUCCCAAUCGAUAGCGAUGUACUGCCUAGCGCUCUUUUACCGUGCCACCCGACACGAACUGCGCGCGAUGAAGCCAUUACCAAAAUUUUUCUGCAUCAAAGCUGUCAUUUUCUUUUCCUUCUUCCAAAGUGUGAUCAUCUACAUGCUGGUGUACUACGGCAUCAUAAAGGACAUCUUCGACAGCAACACCGCCGAGUUCGAGUCCCAGCUCGAGCUGUCGACAAAGCUGCAGAAUUUCCUCAUCUGUAUCGAAAUGUUCCUGGCAGCCCUGGCCCAUCACUACAGCUUCUCGCAUCGUCCGUACGUGCUCAACAUUCCAACGAGCCUGGUGGCCAGUGGUAGCAUUAACGGGAGCAGCGGAGCGGCUGCAGGGCCACGUCAAACGUGGUAUUCGGGCUUCCUGACCAUGCUCGAUCUGUCGGACGUCCGGCAGGACGUGUCGGAUCAUCUCGGCGAGGUGGGCAGCUCGUUGAGUCGUCGUUUUCGGGGCCUCUCCGUCUACCACAAGGCACCGACAAGCAGUAGAACCUGUGAUAUGAGCAUCAGUGGAUCGGAACGUGAGUUUCUAGUUCCACAAGGUGGGGCAGGUGGUGGAAGUGGCUCGAACCUGCUUGCCAGCCAAUGCUACCAGAGCGACCUGUACUACAGCGCCACGGGGGCCGGUCCCGGCGUGUCGCAGUUGUACGCUGGCGGCCAAUCGAAGGCUGGUGGCAGCGGAACAUCCGGGAAUCAGCGGUACGGUGCAUUUGAUAGCGGCAUCAGCAUCGUACGGCCCAAGACGGAGAAGCUCGUCGAAACACCAAAUGAGGGCGCUCCGCCCAAGGACGUGAACAUCUUCAAUCAGUUCCCGUCGACGAAGGCGCUAAACCUGACGCUCAGCACUACGCCCAGUUACGAGAAUUUGCUCUCGUUGAAGAGUGAAGCCGAUCCUGCGGCACCAAGGGCGACGUCCAAGUCGCGUGAUCACAAAACUGACCCGCAUGAACAACGAUCGAGUAGACGACCAGAAGCACCGACCUCAUCGAACAACAGCAACAGCGAGUCUAGCUCCUCCAAUCGCUUACUCCAACGUUCGGAAAGCAAUGGAAGCGAUUGGCUGAGUACGCCAGACGACGAGUUGGGUAUCGACGUGAAGGGUCUUAGCGGGGACACCAUCAACAUUAACGCCAAUCGCAACCGGAAGGCAUAAAGGCUGGGAGCAAUACUCGAUACAUAUUUGCAAUAUGCUCACCGUAGCAGUAUUUGGUUGCGACGCUUGCGAAGGAGAU